ACCGGCGGAGGGGGAGGGCCGCUGCUGGUGCGCGCAGCGCUGCACUCGGUCGGGCGGCCCAAUGGCUGGGUGACAGCGACUGUCGCGACUGAGUGUGGCGGCUUGGCAAGCGACGGACACUGACCAAGUGGAGGCACCUCGGCCGGGCAGCACCGGUUCUCGGGACCGGGGACUGGAAACGCCGAAGACAGUGGCGCCCGCGGGAACAAUGCACUGACAAGUGACGUUGUUAUGGAGUGGGCCUGUGAGAGUGUUCAUGGAUAAUGACUCAUAAUGCAUCGGAAGAGUUCUCACUGAUGUGGGCCGAUAACUUGGACGAAAACGACAUGUACCAGGAGUACCAGGAGCCCACGCCGCACCUGUACGGCCGCCACAGCCACGGCCUGGCGCUCGACGACGAGGCCAUGGAGACGUACGUGGCGCGCACGCCGUCCGGCUCCGUGUACAUCCCCUCAGACGUGACGGCCAACACGCUGACGCAGUAUAAGACGGGCCGGAGCGGCGCCAGUCCCUCCAAGUCGGAGGCGUCGAAGGCGGACAGUAUGGAGCCUGACCGGCGGCCAGGCCAGCCCGGGCCAGUGUCCGGUCGACCAGCGAUCCGGCGGCGUCACCACGUACGCCGACAACAAACAGUCCAAUUCCUCGUCCCCCUCACCCGACAGCGGGCCAGGUAAUCAGGCCGACAGGCGCCGGCUGCGCCCCGCCGCGGCCCGCAUGCGUCCCGUCCGUGUGCGUAGACAGGUAGACGCCGUGCAUGCGGCCGCCGCGCCGACCCCGCCCGUCCCCGACCCCACCCUCGCCGGCGAUGACCUGCUGCUGGUGGCGCCGGCUAGCGGCCAGGUGCUGGACUACGUGCUGGACACGGCGGCCGGCGACGAACUGCAAAGGGGCAGCGGCGAGGAGGAGCGCACCUUCGCUAUCGAGCACGCCACCAUCCUCGGCGAUCGCGUCAUCGACUUCUCGUACCUGGGGCCGAUGGCGGAGCGGGCGGCCGGACGGGGCGGCGCCGUGGACCUCGAGCGGCCGCAGAACGACGCGCAGUCCCCCGCGCCGCCUGCAGACGGCGCGUCCGGUCCGCCCGCGAAGCCGGGCGCCGCAGGUCGGCUGCCAGCGAAGAAGGACGCUGCUGGGAUGGGCUCACUCAGCACUUCGGAGAAGCCCAUUGGGUCUGACGCUCGAGGAAAGGUCGCCGAUUCUGAUAUCCGCGAUAAGGUCACACGUACUGACUCUCAAGAACAUCCGGUGCUGCGCUUCCCACAAGAGAAGCCGACAAUAUUUGACUCCCAAGAAAAGGUCAGCGGAGCCGGGGCCGAUUCCCAGGAGAAGAUCGGCGCCGACUCGUCAGAGCGUCCCCAGCAGGACGCGCCCGCCUGGCCCGGCGCAGGUCGGGACCAGCCGGUCCCGGCCUACGCUAUCGAGAUCCUCGAGUUCAUCCCGCUGGCCGAGCGCGCGCCGUUGUCACCACCGGACGCGACCAAGCUCGACGAGCCUCGAGUCACAGACUCGACCAAGCCCGAUGAGUCUCGAGUCACCAACUCGGCGCAGCCCGACGAGCCGUUGGCUGCCGAACCGGCCCCGCCUGACCAGCCGCCCGGCGCCGGAAGCCACUCUGAUUCCCGAAGCAAUGCGAUUCCUCACACCGGCUCGAGCGGUGAUGAAGAGAAAUUGACGCCGGCCGUCAGCCACGUUGCCAUGACUACGCCGACUGAAGACGGCCAGGGCGCAUCGUCUGAGGACCCGGCCGGCGCCGGCGGCAGCGGGGAACAGACGCUCUCAACAGUGGAGGAGAGCGUGCCGCUGCCACCGACAGCGCGCACCGUCACCGUCACAGUGGCCGUGGACGGCGGCCAGCUGUACCGACUCUCCAUGGAGCUGCCGGCCGACGGCCGUCCGGUGACGGCCACUAUGGAGAAGGCCGCUGACCCCGCCGCGGCCGGCCAGAGCGCCGCCACGACACCCGCCGGGCAGCAGAGCACGCCCUCCCAGUCCGACGGCGGCGAACAGGGCACUGACGGGCCGCUGGGUCGGCAGAGCGCCGACGCACCGUCCGAACAAUGGGUCACUGACGCGUCGGCGGACCAGGAGAGCACCACCUCGCUUCCAGAUGAAGAGGCCACCACCGCGCCGCUCAGCGCGACGAGCCCUGUCCAGCCGACAGCGAGUGGUGCGACGUCGCCGACCGCCGAGCCGCCGACCUCUGCGCGCGCUCAGACGUCGGCCAAGCGGACGGAGACGGCGCCGGAGCUGGCUCCCAGCGCCGAGGCGCCGGUCGCGGCCGAGACGACCGCGCAGCCGUCCUCCGCGACCGAGGCGACACCGGCGCCCGGCGAGCGGCCGACGACCGGCGAGCGGUCCGAGCCGAGCAGCGCGCCGACCUGCCCGCCGGCAGCCGCGCCGCGCCCCACCCCCGUCCAUCCCGACCCGGUCACCGUCACCGUCACCUACCCGCCCCCGGUCCCCGUUAUCGUGGUCCAAGACGUGCAGCGCAAGACCGUGCCGCCGGCUGGCAGCACCUUCUCUGUGGUGCGGUUGUCGGAGAGCUAUGCCGAGACUCUGAGCCCUCACGGCUACUGGUCGAUGCAGUUCUACCUGCCGGACGACGCUUACGUGCAGUGGAACAGCACGGUGCCGCGCGGCGCCAGCCUGGCCGUGUACGGCAGACGUAACGCCCUGCCAACGCACACCCAGUACGACGUGCACCACCUGCUGCGGGGCUACAGCCGCCGCUACCGGCGCAUGUCUGGGCUGGGGGCGCCCACUGCCUCCCCGUAG